AUGUCAACACAGCCGUUGCCGGCGAGGACGCCGUUUUUCCAAUGGCCUGCAGCGCAACGAAAAGGGGCCAUGAUCCCUAUGGUCAUGUCCUCUGUCAUGCUCCUCCUCCUAGUUCUCGCGAAUAUGUCAUACCUUUUCGGCACCAGCUUCGAUCAAGCCAAGCGUGCUCAUGCCAUCAAGAUCCUCGCCGUCGACUACGAUGAGGGCGCCAUCGGCACCGCCGUCUCAAAGGCAUCGCAAAGCCUCCAAGCCGCCAACUUCCCCACCAUCGAGUUCGGCUCCGUAUCCGAGUACUCAACUCCCGCAUCAGUAAGGAACGCGGUCUGCAAGGGAGACUACUGGGGCGCGAUCUACGUCUCCUCGGGCGCAUCCGCGAAGCUCGCUAGCGCCAUCAACGGCACGUCCACAAGCUACAACCCCGCCGACUCGAUUACAUACACGUACAACCAGGCUCGGUACCCGGCACAGGCGGACUCGCUCAUUGCCUCGAACAUCGUCAAGGUGGUUGGCAUGGCGCGGAGCUUCUACUACCAGACUCCCAACGGCACCGCCGCACUACGAUCUCUGAACGUCAGCAACCCGGCCGCCAUUGCCGCCUACCUCAACCCCAUCCAGUCGACUGCAGACCUCAUCCAGCCCACUACCCAGGGCCCUCGCGUUUUCUUCAACACCGUCAACAUCAUCAUCCCAACCUUGGCUCAGUUCUUCUACAUCCUGGCACUUAACGGCAUCGGCCUGAGCACUGGCAUCCUGGCCAAGGCUCGUGUUCGCGAUGUCUGGCUGAUGCGCUUCGGCAUCGGCAAGAUCUACGGUUUCCUCACCGCACUCACCGUCUCUGGCUACCUCUGGGCCUUCCGCGAGUCAUGGGACGUCGGCAGCUUCCAGUUCGGCAAGACCCUGCUCGUUUUCUGGCUGUACAUGGAUGUUCAGUGGCAGGUUCUCGAGUCGUUCGUCGGAUCCUUCGUGCCCAUGCAGUUCAUGCCCUUCUUCGUCCUGACCUGGAUCAUCACCAACAUUGCAAGCACCGUCGCCCCAUUCGAGCUUAUGCCCGGCUUCUAUCGUAUCGGCUACGCGCUGCCAGCGCACGAGGCCUACUCGAUGAUGGUGUUGGCCUGGUCUGGAUGCGCUGACCAGACACGCGUUGCUCUACCGGUUCUCUUUGCCUGGUGGAUCGCUGGCCACGUCUUGGCCGUUUUCUCCAUCCGCAAGCGCUGUGCGGAUGCAGGCAAGAUGGCCGGUGCGGCCGCCGUCAAGGCCCCGGCACAGGAGCAGGAGCAGGCACAAGACCUUCCGAUCCCUCCGCGUUCAGCAAGCACCGAGCUGACGCUCCGAUCCGAUGAGGAACAGGUCAGAAACGAGAAGUGA